ACGAGAAUGAAUUUUAUUCCCCAUAUUCUAUUUCAAAAUGUUUUACUUUUUAGGUCGUAGUGAUGGACUAUGGUAUGAAGGAAAAGAACCCCAUCAAUAACGUGCGUUUUUACUGCAAGGAUGACCCAACAAAAGCUAUAAAGAUCUGCAAAAACCAGGUAUCUAAACUUCUCCCAGAGCACUUUGCUGAACAGCUGAUCAGGGUCUACUGCAAGAAAACAGAUGAGAAGACUAUGGAGGCUGCCAAGAAGCACUUUGUUCAGUGGUGCAUGGACAUGAACUUCUCGAAGCCUCAGGAUGGAGAUAUUAUAGCGCCUGAGCUGACUCCUCUGAAAGCAAGCUGGCACAACAACAAUGAAGGCGAGGACAGUGACGACAGCAGCUCCAAAGUAACAAACCCUCUUGUGAACGGACUUAAGAAAGCUAAAACUCAGCUUAACUUUAAGUAAAAGAGAGAUCCAUGCGCUAAAUAUUGCACAUACAAAAAAGUAAACAAAGAUCAGUGUUACAUGAAAGUUGUAUUUUUGUACAAGGUGGGUGGGUUGAUGAGUCCAACAAACAGGUUUUAAUACAAAGAAAUGUUCAUAUUGAAAAUAUAUGUUCAAGAAAAAGAAUGCUCCAUUUAAAAAUAUAUAUAUUUUAUUUUCUAGUCACUCAUUUUAUUUUCAAGAGCUCAAUAGCUGAUCCAAUGUUUUUCUUUUAAAGAUAAUUUUCAAAGCAAUCUUCCCAUCAUCAAAUUUCAUUCUGCCUUUCUAUGUUGUUCAUCAUAGUCGGGCUGCACCUAAACACAACUCGGUACAUUUCAAUGUUUCUAAAUUUUAUUUGAGAUUAGGUGGGAAGACUAUUUAUUUUUUUUUUGCAGUUUUUGGUGAAUUUUUGUUACAACUUUAUUUAUUGUUUAUCCAGAAAAUGAGUCUGCUUACUCGUCAUAUUGCCUUGCAGGUCUAAAUAAAACACUCUAUAGAGUUUUCAUUCAACCUGUGUAAUAAUGACAUGGACUCCUCAGAUCUUUGCUUGAUUGUGUUAAAAAAAAAACUCAGAUAAUGUUUCUUGCCGUGACUUUUGAAUGUAAUCCUUCUUUCUGGGCGCAUUCCUUUGCAAUAAACCCCUUUGAGGUCA